AUGGAUCUCAUCAAUUCAGGGAUUCUCACUCACAACCACAAACCCCCUUUGAGCACUAUAGACAAAGAGGAAGAGGUGAUUGAUCAACAACAAGGGAGGUGGAAAUUAGAUGUGUUGUUAAGGAGCCUAAUCGCUGCAUUGGAGUGGAAGGCAAUUGAAGUUGUCCCUAUUGCAAGAGGUGAGGGCGAGGACAAAAGAGAGUGGCAUUUUGAUCCAAAAGGAAGGACUGGGCAAGGCUACACCAGCCAAGCCAUAAUUAUACCUUCAAUCGGUGCUUCAAUCGGUGCUGCCUGCUACACGAUCGAUCGGUGCUGCCUGCUACACGAUCGAUUGGUGCUGCUCUCCCCUGCUUCGAUCGAUGCUGCUUCGAUCAGUGCUGCUCUCCACUGCUACACGAUCGAUCGGUGCUCCUCUCCACUGCUACACGACGGAUUUGGUGCUGCUCUCCACUGCUACACGAUCGGUACUGUUCUCCAGUGCUACACUCCAAGGCUUCGAGUUUUCGCUACUUGUACACCAUUGUUGUUGCUGGACUGA